AUGUCUGUCGAGGCAUUGACGCGAAGCGAGCAUGUUCACCUGCGUCCCUGGUAUGAUGCUUCUAACAGAUGUCAAGACUUUGAUUCGAAGCCGCCGGGCGUAAUCCAAAACGCAUGCGCACGCAGUGGAAAAGAUGCAAGUGGAUUAUAUGCGUCUGUCGGUCCCGGCUAUUGA